GAACGCACCACUGUACAGGUAUGGAUAUUCAGGCAUGAGAAAGUUAUUCUUAUGAAAAAGUGUGCUUUAUUAGAAUGGCUGCUGCAACAUUUGUGCAAGGAAGUUGCAAGACCAUGUGCCCACCUGAUGAAUAUGAAAUAAGAAAAGUGCAUAAUUUGGUACGGCCCUUUGAGACCUCUUUUCUUUCAGCAGUUAAAUGCUAUAGCAGGUCUGCUGCUGGGCAGUCAUCAGCCAGAAAUAAAAAUAUAAGGGAUUUGCCGACUUUGGAAAACACUGUCAAGUAUCUCUUCCAACAAGUUCUUGAUAGAAGAAAAACAUCAUUGGCACAAUUAUAUGACUUUGUGUUUGACAGACUGAGAGCAGUUCGUCAAGAUUUGGUUGUUCAGGGCUAUUUGGAAGGAUUUUCUGGUGUGAGAACAGUUACUGUUGCAAAAAUUCUUGAAUAUUGUGUUCGUUUUUAUAUCUACUUCCAGUUCAGAUUAUCCCAUCUUCCUGCAUCAGCAUUUAGCAGCCAUCUUAAUCAAAAUCAUCUUGAUGAGUGUUUAAGUCAAUUGCUUCAUCUGUAUUCCGAAAUCGAAGUCAAGAAUCGGGACUUGCUUCUCCAGACCAGUCAUAUAGAAAUUGAAGCCCUUGAUUUACUGCUGUCAAAGAACUCCUCAGGUCUUCACCGAGCACUACAACUACCAUCAAGGACAAAAUCGAACAUUAUAGUGCGCAACUCGAUUGAAAUCAGUGUUUCUCUCUGGUUAGGCAAUUUUGUUAGAGCAAACCAUAUUGCUCGAAGCUUGCCAUUGAAUCUGCAGUUAGCCUAUCGUGCACAUUUUUCACUCUUACGACCAAGAGUUUUAGAAGUUUAUGAGCGUGGAUAUCGGUCUCCACAAGGAACCAAAUUUCCUCUUGAAAAGCUCCGUCGUUAUCUUUUGUUCGACACUGCACGUCAAACUGCCGAAUUCUGCGUUGAUUGCGGCCUUUCUUUGGAUGACACAGGAUCUUCCGUAAUCUUUAAAACGGGAACUGCGUUAAAAUUCAGCACGUCUUUACAGUCAAAUAAUCUUUACGAUCAAGAUAUUGAAGAGACUCUCGAGAAUGUCCGAAUCAGCCACUUCCUUUAUGGACAGAGCAUUUGAAUUGGCAAGGGAAGCUUUGUCAGUUGGAGAAGUUCCGGUCGGUUGCGUUUUGUAUCAUCAAGAUCAUGGUAUUAUUGGCGAAGGAAGAAAUCGUGUGAAUGAGACUAAAAACGCAACAAGACAUGCAGAAUUUGAAGCUAUCGAUCGUGCCUUAUUGUGGAUGGAGAAAAACAAAAUUGAAAGUUAUGCCGAAGUGUUUGCGAAAACGGACGUAUGGGUGAACGUUGAACCGUGUAUUCAGUGUGCAGGAGCUUUACAAAUGUUAGGCUUCUCUCGUGUGUAUUACGGUUGUGCUAAUGAACGUUUUGGUGGAUGUGGUUCAGUAUUGGACGUCUGUGCAAAAGAUCAACGAUUUCGCCCUCUGGAGCUGCAUGGUGGAAUACGUUCAAAUGAAGCUAUCGAAUUACUCAAGGAAUUUUAUCGAUGUGAAAAUCCCAAUGCUCCUAAUCCGAAAUCGAAAGAAGGAAGAAAAUGAUAAACUUGUUUCUUUCAAAAUGUUAGGUAAUUUCUUUUUUUAAUUAAUUAUUUUAGUUCAAUAAAAGCUAGUCUUUUUCUUGCAACGAG